AUGAACAUCAUCACUGUGGUCCAGCUCCUCAACAGCGAGUGCGAAAUCCAUCACAGUCAGAGAACGCUUCACACUCGCAUUUUCAAGGGCCCCGGGCUGGAGGGGCAGUUUCAGGUCCCGUACGUCUCGAGCCUGCAUCUGAGCCUGCCCCUUCUCAAAGACAAGCUCUCCGUGGCCUUUAAAACACGCCUCGGAGGGGGGGCUCUUUGCCCAGCAGAGAGAGCGGUUCUCGAAACCGCGCUCGCCGAUCUGCACGGCGAUCUGCCGCGGCGUCCGGCGAUGGCAAGCCACGGUGGAGAGAAGCCGCCCAAGUGGGCGCAAGUGCGCGACUUGCUCUUCCGAUGA